AUGGCGCCUCUCAGUCCAGAUGCAAAGAGAUUAAGGACCAUCAUCAUCUCCCUACCUAUCCUCGUCGUGACCUCCGCCAUCUUAUAUCGCCGCACUUACUUGGGAGAAGAACAAAGAAAGAUCCCAAGGGAUGUAUCAGAAUCGUCGCAGAGUGGUCAGGGGAGAAUUCUAGGUAGAGGGGGAGUGGAAAUCGGUGGUGCGCCUUGGGAAGUACAAGGUAAGAAACCGAGUGGCUCGCGUUGA